CAACUAGGGCAAAGCCAUUGAAAGAGGGAAAGUGAGCGCAAACAACUGAGCUGACAGCAUUCGCAAUCAAAUUGCUUGUUCUCUCAGAAUUCAAUGCUAAUUUCCAUCUCACAAGAUAAUUCCUGUUGCAUACUAUGAUAUACGGCCAUACUUACGUAACUGGCGAUUUUAGUUUAGCUAUACAUUUAUUUUGUAGUUUUACUCGGCGCUAUCGCAGUGCAUCGGUAAACGUGGACACUUGCUUUUGCCGAAUAAGCGGCUACAGGUAUCUGAUUUGAAGGAGCAGAAGGUUUUUCGUUAUCAGCUGAAAUAAGUAUUCGGGGCUGCGGAAAGACAGAUCAUUACCUUGCUGUAUAAUCCAAUUACGCUUCAACUUCAGCUCACAGACAGAUGCCUGGACGUUCUCCUUAAGAAAUUUCAGGUUUGGAGAUCAUCCAGGGAUUUUGCAAAUGUACGACGAGCAUUGAUGUUACUCUUGCAGGGCUUCUCAGUGACGAGGGCCUGUGGAUAAUGAGAUAGAUCCAAAAUGGCUGGCUCUCCAGGCAAUGAGCUACCUCUCCUGCAGCUUCAGGAGGUGGACUCCAGCAAGGUUGGGGAAAGCGGGGGCUCCUCGGGGUUGCUUCCCACCAUGUAUAACGGUGCCCUGCCCGCGCUGAGCAUGGAAAGCCAUGCCGUCUGCAUCCCGUCCCCCUACACGGACAGCAGCCACGACUACGCCGCCCUGACCUUCUACAGCCCCCCCAUCCUGAGCCACGGCGGCCCUGCCAACCCCGAGAGCCCCGCCGCUCGCCAGUCCCUCAGCCCCUCCCUCUUCUGGCCGGCCCACGGCCACCACGGCCACGUGUCCCCGCUGGCCCUGCACUUCCAGCAGCCCCUGGUGUACAGAGAGCCCACCCACUCCCCAUGGGCGGAGCCCAAACCGCUGGAGCAUGGCCAGGCCCAGACCAGCAAGCUGGCGGGGAAGAGGAUGGCGGUGAGCGAGGAGGGGACGAGCUCCGUCGGGGGCUGCUUCGCGGGGAAGGGAGACAUGCACCUCUGUGCUGUGUGCCAUGACUACGCCUCGGGGUAUCACUACGGGGUGUGGUCCUGCGAGGGCUGCAAGGCCUUCUUCAAGAGGAGCAUCCAAGGGCACAAUGACUACAUCUGCCCCGCCACCAACCAGUGCACCAUCGACAAGAACCGGCGCAAGAGCUGCCAGGCCUGCCGACUCCGCAAGUGCUAUGAAGUGGGCAUGAUGAAGUGUGGUGUGAGACGGGAGCGUUGUACCUACCGGGGGGCGCGACACCGCCGCAUGCCCCACAUCCGCGAGUUGGCGGGCACAGGGGGCGGGGCCAGGACCCAGAGGCGGGCCGAGGGAGUCGUCCCUCAGACGCGGGAGGCGCAGUCCUCGGCGCUCACGCCCGAGCAGCUAAUCAACCGCAUCAUCGAGGCGGAGCCGCCGGAGAUCUACCUCAUGAAGGAGCUGAAGAAGCCCUUCACCGAGGACAGCAUGAUGAUGUCACUCACCAACCUGGCCGACAAGGAGCUCGUCCUCAUGAUCAGCUGGGCCAAAAAGAUCCCUGGGUUUGUGGAGCUGGACCUGUCUGACCAAGUACACCUGCUGGAGUGCUGUUGGCUGGAGGUGCUGAUGCUGGGCCUGAUGUGGAGGUCUGUGGAUCACCCUGGGAAACUCAUCUUUUCCCCAGACCUCAAGCUCAACAGGGAUGAGGGAAGUUGUGUGGAGGGGAUCCUGGAAAUCUUCGACAUGGUGCUGGCGGCAACCUCCAGGUUUCGGGAGCUGAAGCUACAGAGGGAGGAGUAUGUGUGCCUCAAAGCCAUUAUCCUUCUCAACCCCAACCUGUGCACAACGUCUAGCGAGAGCCGCGAGGAGCUGGAGAGCCGCAGCAAGCUGCUGCACAUGCUGGACUCCGUGACCGACGCGCUGGUGUGGACCAUCGCCAAGAAGGGCCUGACCUUUCAGCAGCAGUCUGCCCGGCUGGCCCACCUGCUGAUGCUGCUGGCGCACAUCCGCCACCUCAGUAAUAAGGGCAUGGAGCACCUGUCCAACAUGAAGAGGAAGAACGUGGUGCCGCUCUACGACCUGCUGCUGGAGAUGCUGGACGCCAACACCAUGCACAGCAGCCGCAUGUCGGCGUCGUACUCCUCCCAGCCGAGCCCGUGGUCCCAGGCCGCGCAGAGCCAGCCUGGCCCGCCGCCAUCCUGCAGCGGGGAGUGCCCUUGUCCACCCAAGGAAAGCAGUGAGUAACGCCUUUACAUCCUGCCUGGCCCGGCAUGCUCUCCCCCCACCGGGCUUCUUGGACUUUUGAGUCUGCUGGGAUCUCGAUGGUGGACUCACGCAGAACUGUACCCGAGGCCAGAAAACUAUUUUCUUUAGCAUUUUUACACUGCUUAUUCCGUUUCUAUUUUUUGCUUUUUAUUGCAUUUCAAAAACAACAAAAAAAGUUGGCAUGUCAUAUUUUCAUUUUUUGGUGAGACGCCCCUCCUCCCCAAAGAAACCUGGAAAUGAGAAAUUUUUAAACUGCUUGAUAGCCACUCUCUGCUCAUAAAAGGCUCACAAGAACCUGACUCCUACCUGGCUAGGACUGCAUAAGCUAAGGUGCUAGACCAAGUACUUAGCAGAGAUGUGAGAAUGAUUAAAACAGGUAAACUGAGGCUAAACCCAUAAUGUAUGUACUAGGCUACUGGAUUCCCCAAGAGCACUUAAAAGCUGUGAAUCAUCUGUUGUACAGUACCAGAGCGUAGUAUAAUGUAUUGCUAUAGUACAGUGUACUAUGGUCAGAAAAAUCAAAAUAGUCCAAAAUAUUUAUUUUGAUAAAUUCCCCACCAAUUUAUGCAUCACAUAAAGCAUAUGGCCAACUUGGGUGCCAAAUCUGUGUCUCCAGGUGUGCAUAGUGAGGAGCCAUUAUGAGCAGUAGUCACCUGAUGUUCUUUGCUGUUGACAUGUAUGUCUGCUGACCCCUUUGGGUUCAGAGAUAGAGAGAGAGAGAGAGAUUAAAUCAAGACUUAUACUUAAACAGUUAGCUGCCUAAGGCCAUGAAUCUGUCCCUUUGUGGGCCUAGAUGGCUGUGUGGAGUUCUCUUACCAGUUCUUUCACAAGGUAUCUAGCUAGGCCAUUUAUAUUAUUUUAUGUUUGCUACAUUUAAAAAAUUUAAGUUUGCUUUACUUGCCAUCUAACUCUCUUGAUGGUUAGCGGUUUGAUUACAAUUUGAUUACAAUUUGCUAACUAGCCAAAUAAGGUUAAAACUGGAUGUGCUGCUUAGCUUGCUUAUGCCAGGGAACAUUGGUUAACAUGAAGUUAACUAAUAACUUGCAAAUGUUUGCUCAUAAUUGUUUAGACUUGUAUUCUGUUGCAAUUAAUCACACUUACAUUAUGUAUGAUAGAAAGAUGGUUGUGUGUUGAAAAUGAUUGUUUGGUUUACGUGCGCUAAAAUUCAGUCAGACAAGGCAGCCUGAUACUGUAGCGUAAUGCAAACACAAUUAUUGUCCAUAAAUUAGUAUUUUUAUUAUGCUCUGUAUUACCAUUCAUAAAUGUAUGUGAAUUGACUAUUCUUCACUCUAGGAGCUCGUGACAUUCUGUCGAAUUGAUUGUCAGUUUUUGUGGUGAAACCAACAUAUGUGAGAUAUACAUUUUGACAGUGAAGGCGUUUAGCUGACAUUCUUAUCCAGAGUGACUUGCCCAACUUGCAUUGUAUUUAUGCAGCUGGGUAUUUUUACUGAAGCAUUUCAGGGUUGGUACCUUACUGGAAGGUACAACGACAGUGCCCCCACCUGGGAAUAAAGGCUACAACCUUGGAUUUGCAAGCCGUUGACCAAUAGUUGCAAGCCCAGUUCCUUAACCGGAAUGGCUUCCUCAAAGGCCAGCCUGGGAUGGGGCUACAAUGUAGGCAGACUCUACAGAAUAUUACUUUGCAUUAUGGGAUUUGUAUGAGGAUUGUAUUCCUUUUAAAUUGGACCAAAGGCCCAUUUCAAGUGUGGAUAUCUAGGGAUAUCAGCAACGAGGGGGAUAAGAUUCGGUUUAAAUUUGUGUUGUAAUAUUCCUUUAAAUGUUCCACAAUAUGAAGUAGUGCUCUGUGACAGUGCGUUUCAUUGAAACUGUUAAGUGACUGGUGCUGUGUUUGGUCAUGGAGAAGACAGUGUAAAGUCUGGGUUCCACACUGGGACCACACGCUGAAGGGACUAAUGGCGCAGUCCAGAAGGCUGGCCUAAUGCCUGAGACUGCCAUGCAGCUUCGCUCUGUGAACCCCCUUGGAAGGUUUGAUGGGCUUUGUGCCUGAAUUGCUCGUACUAAAUUACCGUUCAAAUUAAGUUUUUUCCUGUUUUUGUAAGUUUUUUCUGUGAACCCUGGUAACAUCAUGCUGGAAACUCUUCAAAACUGUUUUUUGUCUAUGAAGGGGAUAAUUUGUAUCCGUAAAUAUAUAACUGGUAAUCACAUUGUUUUUAAUUCAUUGUUUUUUCCUGUGAUUUCUUGUAAAUAGACAUUGCUUGGUAAUGCAAUAGUUCUCAGUAAAUCUUUAAAACUGUUUCAGUCAAUUUUAAAAAAGAACACGUUUGAAUAAAUUUUCUUUGAUUUUUUUUUGUUGUUUCCCCCACCCUCUGACCAUUGUGUGAUUUUCCUUUUUUUGCACUAAAAUUGUCCUCCAAGAAGCAGCUUAUUCAGUAAAUGGUGCACUUUAAAUUUAAACAUGUUUCAUGAGUUUCAUUCUGAAAAGUUGACCUCCAGAAAAAUAUUCUCCUGCUCAAUUUAUUAAAAUUUAUUAAAGAUUAGGACAUAGUGUAUUACAAUUAGGUUUAAAAGAACAUGGCCAUGGCUUAAUACUGUUGAUCCACUUAACUUUCAUGAAUGUGCUGAAAAUGAUAAAUCCUUUCAUUGAGAACUCAUCAAUGCAUUGCAAUCACAAGGUAUGUCUCUGCCAAUUACAAUCAGCUGCCAUUAUUAUACCAUGCUGCUUGACAAAGAAAGGUCUGUUCAUUACAAACUAGACAUUCAGAACAAAGAGAACCUUAGUCACCUUUCCAAUAAAAAUGAACACAUUCUUAGAUAGACCUGGGAUUUAUGACAUUUUUUAUGGAUGCACAGCAUGGGCAUUUUGGGGUCGAUCCCAAUAGUGAUAUGUAUUCAUGGUAAAUAAGAUUCCAAUCUUAAUUGACCUGCCUGGUAAAAUAAAGGUUAAAUUAAAGAAAGAUUCAAACAUAAAACAGCACAAAUGUAAACUGCAGACUGUGAAGCUUCCAUAUUCAUGGAUGAAGAAGAUGAGCACAAACAUAUGCUGGAAAAAUGCAACAAAUCUUAUUUGCAUAACAAUAUACGUGCACUUGCUUACUUCAUUACUAUACAGAAAGCUUGGCACAAGUCUAGAGAGCUACUGAGUCUGUAUAGCUCUGUGCAUUCAGUAAAAAUGCUACAUUUCAGAUACUAAACAAGUGGUGCAGGUGACAAUAGGCUACUUUCGAGUGUGACCUUGCCACUGUCAUCACAUCAGGCACAGUCUUCGCUUGGUGCUUGAAAAAUGCGUUUUUCUCCGUCGAUCCCAAUGUUAUUGUGCAUCCACAAAUUUUAUUCAUUGACAGCAUGGUCAUUUGAAUUGAAUGUAGUCAUGUGGUCCUCUAUCCUUCUGGUCUACUGCCAUGAAAUAAAUAAUACCAUGUUCUCAUCAUUA